UUGACAACAGCUCUACUCUGCUCCACGAAGUGAUGUAUGGCCACUGCUGAGGGUUGACCAUGCAGAGCCUUUUAGUUGUAUGUACAUGCUUGUGUUUAGGCAGAGUCAGAGUUUUUAGAGCUAAGUGCACUUUUUGCACAGAUGGAUUAAUACUUAAUUGUUUUGUUUUUUUAUAGAAAAUAUUGAUUACUUUUUACUAACUUGCUUUAGUUGAUAUUUUCUACAAUUACUAAUAUCUAAAUAUCUGAAUUACAGAUUUUAAAUUUGAAACAAAUGUUGUUGUUUUUUUCAGAAAUAUCUUUUUUGUCAUAUAUUUUACCAGACAUUGUAAAUAAUGAUACCCUAAACAAGCCAUGGCUUAGUGUAUAUUGGAGAAUUCCAUAAUGGGGGAUGUCUGUAAAACCCAUACCUUCAGGUAUGUACCGUUAUGUUGAUGAGUGUCACCUAUGUCAUCUACAGGAAAUGUAAACCAUAAAAUAAUUUCUUAUCUUAUUUUUCCCUACAAUUUUCAUUCUCAGAAAAGACAUCCGGUAUGUAUUAUUCGAGGAGUUAAUGAUGAUGAUGAUGAUGAUGAUGAACACACGCGCAAUUUCUUGAAUAGCUGGACAAUUCCGCUAGGGGGAACACGUACUUGUGAAUAGAGACUGGAAUAGGGAGGGGGAAUCCCGAGCGCCAUAAAACAGCUCCCGCAACACUGGCACUUCAGCCCGGGCACUACUUUUAACAGAACUGCGCGAAUUUAGCUGUGAACCUCUUCAGUUCUGAGGGAGGUCCUCUAUUCAUUCAGGACUAGUGUGGACCCAGCAAACACACAACGUUGUCUUAACGUUGACUCUCUAUAAAUGGAGUCUCACAGACACGGAGUGAGUGGCUCUUCUCCAGACUUCAGUAGAAUACAACAGGGCUACAACAUGCAGCAGCCGAGGCCUGGUCCCAGAGGCAGCCCUCGACCUCACAGCGACAGCAGCAGCAUGUUCGGGGUUAGGGUACAAGUUCAGGGAAUUGAGGGUCUUCCUUACGUUGUGUUGAACGGGGAUAGUAGAGCAGCUCUGCCAUCUGGUGGCCUGGAGAGCUACAGCAGGCACUGGGACCACCAGGAAGUGUUUGUCAACGCCCACAGCCAGUCUGAGUACACCUUCAUGGUGAAUGAUGGGCGAUCUUCAUUCAGUAGUCCCAAUGUGGAGCACAGACCUCCCAACCACCAGAGGGAGUAUGCUCAUGGAGGUGCUCUGACUGAGGUUAAGGAAUCACAGAAGAUUCCGCUGGCGUCCGCUGCGUUCAUGUUCGACUUCCAGGAGUCACAGAGGACCGUGCCGACAUCUAACACGGUGUUGAACUUCCAGAGACACCCAGAGCUGCUGAAACCCUACAACCCAGACAGGAACAGUCUCAGCCCCCUCCCAGUUUCCACCCGAAGACUCUCUGUUCCCCCCACUCAGACAGCCUCUGUACCUAGGCCGGGACAUCUCACCACACCUCUCCAGAGUGGGGCAGAGGCCACCCUGAUCCAGGCAGCAGGGUCUAGACCAGGAGCAGCCAGGAUCCCUCUGCCUGCUGGGGGUGUAGAGUGGGCCCCCACCCCUGUCUCGGCCACCAGCCAAACCCAAUGCCCAGGCCCUGUCUCAGCCCCCACCCAGACCCAAUGUCCAGGCCCUGCCCCCACCCAGACCCAAUGCCCAGGCCCUGCCCCUGUCUCAGCCCCCACCCAGACCCAAUGCCCAGGCCCUGCCCCUGUCUCGGCCCCAGCGCCCCACCACUCUUCUUUGGCCACCUUACUAAGCCCCCCAAACGAGAUCACCAACAUCCCCAGAAGAUCCCCAAACUCAGUGGACACAGAGCCCAUCUCCUCCAUAGGUAGCCUGAUCAACCAGUUCGACAGCCCCCAACAGAUGGGUCGAGCUGGGCCUAGGAGAGGGAGGAUAGCCCCUGAAGACCGAAGGAGGUCACGUAGCGUGGACAGCAGACAACAGUGUCACUCAUACCCAUUGGACCCCUCCAGCCCUGCCUCGGUCAUCAGAGGGGCCAGGGGAGAGACUCCAGGCGGAUCCACCAGCGCCCCAGGGUCACCUAAGGUGAGAGGGGCCAACAGACCCUCCACUGUGAUGUUUAAUAGACUACAGUGGGAGGAGAAGGAGCCUAGCGGGAGGUCAUCCAGAGCGGUGAAUGUGCUGUACGGAGUGGAGGAGACCUCCAUGACCAGAUCCAGGUCUCUCAACCACACGGAGGAGGAGUCAGAGAGAGACAUUCAGAUCAUCACUCCAGAUCUUCUGGGAGGUCAGAGGGGUCAGCACGAGGUCUCAAUUGAACCACAACCAAAUGAAGACACCGCCAAAAAGAUACUGUUCACUUACCUCAAUGAUGGGACUACUGAUAAAACCUCAAUCACUGAGAAGAAGGUGAACCUGGUGUUUGACAGAAUCAGUCAACUGAAGUGGAAGACUGCAGAGAACGUGGAGGAGGAGAUCAGGGACUAUGCUGCGAAGGCCAAGGAGGCGAAGGAGCUUCAGAUGACAGGAGCAGAGCUGGAGAGAGAGGUGUCACAGCUGAAGACACAGCUGGAGCAUAAGACCAUGAGUGGUCGGAGUCUGGCGGAGGUGUGUUACAAGGCCCAGACAGACAUGAAGACUAUUCAGGAGGAACUGGACAGGAGACAGGAAGAACUCUCUACGCUACGGGAUAGGCUGGCUCAGAUGGAAACGGAGCUCGAGGUCGCCAUAGAGGAGCUAGUCCGGGUGAAGACUGAGAGAGAGCGGGGCCGUACAGAGAUGAAGGACCUUCAGCAGCAGCUGUCUGAGAUGCACGAUGAGCUGGACCAGGCUAAGAACACAACACAGGCAGACGGCACAGAGAAACAGCUCCUUCUAAAGGACCUGGCCCAGCUGCGGUUGGACUACCAGGGGCUCAUUCAGGUGCAGGAGGAGCAGGAGGAGGUGCUACACUGGAGGGAGAGGGAGCUGACUGCCCUGAAGGGAGCCCUGAACGAGGAGGUGGAGAGUCAUGACAAGGAGCUGGGCAUUAUGAAGGAGGUGCGCGACAAGGAGGUGCAGAAGCUCCGAGAGGAAGUUGAGGAGGUGAAAGAGAGUAACACAGUGCUGGGCCAGGAGAAGAGAGAGAUGGAGGAGGAGAGAGGGGAGGCACGGGGACAGGUGAAUCAGCUGAUGCAGGAGAGGGAGGAACUGAGGGGACAGGUGGAGGAACUGGAGAGCAGGGUGGAGCAGCUUAACCUCGUCAUCAAGGACUCCAAAACCCUGCAGAGACAGCUGGUGAAAUGCAUAGAGCAACUCAAGAGGGAGAAACGGCAGGUUGAGGAGACUCUAGAGGAGGUGAGGGAGAAGGAAGAGGAGAUGUCCCAGGCAAACAAAGCCCUUCUCGUACGUCUGGAGAAUGUACAGAGUGAGAUGACCCAGCUGAACCACCAGCACAGGGAGAUGAAGGAGAGACUGAAGGAGGAGACGAGAAGAACGGAGGAGUUGAAGAGGACGAAGAGUGAUCUGGACGAGGAGAGGAGACUGCAGAACAGCACUGUGGAGGAACUGCAGAAGGAGAUGAGUACUAUAGUAGAGGGCUGUGAGGUGUCCACUGAGAAGCUCCAGCUCCAGGUUGAUGAAGUCAGAGAGAAGAGCCACUCCGCGCUGUCUGAGCUCCAACAACAGCUGCAGGAAAAGGGAGUGGAGUUGGAGAAAUCCCGACAGACUGCCAGAAAACUGCAGGAAGAGCUGCUUCCCCUGGAGCAGGGUCUGGAGCGGGGUCGUAGGGAGUGGGAGGAGGCCCAGCAGAGAGGCAGACAGCUGGAGAGGAAGGUGGAGGAGCUGGAGGGGAGGAAUGCACACGCCCACGAGGACCACGCCCGACAGGUCAAACUCAUGGAGGGUGAGGUGAGCCAUCUGGAGCGUGAUCUGAGUGAGGAGAGGAACAGUGCAGAUCUCCUGAUGGACAGAUUGGACCAAUGGAAACAACAGAUGGAGCUGAUAAGAGUUGAGCUGCUGCAGGAGAGUGCAGUCAAACAGGACCUGGAGUGUGACAAGAUCACUCUGGAGAGACAGAAUAAGGAUCUGAAGAGCAGGGUGUCUCAUCUAGAGGGCUCCCAGAGGUCCAACCAGGAUGUUGUGGUCUCCAGGCUGGAGGGAAGGGUCCAGGAGCUGGAGGGGAGGCUAGAGGGAGAGGAAAGAGACAACAUCAACCUGCAACAAGCCAACAGGAAACUAGAGAGAAAAGUGAAGGAGAUGACGAUACAGGUGGACGAUGAGCACAUAUCUAUGCAGAACCAGAAUGACCAGUUGAACCAGAGGCUGAAGAGUGUGAAGAGACAGAUGGAUGGGGCUGAGGAGGAGAUAGAGCGACUGGAAAACUCUAAGAGGAAGUUACAGAGAGAUCUGGAUGAACGGAUAGAGACCAAUGACCAGGUCCUCAGCCAGCUCAACACCCUGCGCUCAGAGAUGAGGCGUAAGCAACAGAAAUCAGCACCGCUCCUGAUGAUCCUUAAGGGUGUGGAUGAUGUCAACACUGACUGACUGACUUCUGGUACUCCUUGGUGACAUGUUGUAAUGCACUGACUACAGCGUGGUGGGGAAAAAUACAAGCAGUCAAGUCCGAUAUUUCCUGAUAUUUCUCACAAAGGGUUGGUAAAGCACUGUGAGGACUUGGGAAUGAAAAGUACGACAGAAGUUUCUCAUUAACGAUAUUUCACCUGUACAAUUCAACUGUGGGCUCACCUGGUGAUUUCAUAACAUUUUGCUCUAGACUGACCUCUAGUGGGUAUUCUAUAACUACAGAGUUCCAUGGAGUUCCAUACGAAAGAUCACUAAUAAAAAAAGCUUUUUUUUUUUUUUUUUUUUUUUGCUUUUCACCAGAGGCACAACAUUCACAACCCCCACCAGGGGCACAACAUUCACAACCCCCAACAUUCACAACCCCCACCAGGGGCACAACAUUCAUAACCCCCACCAGGGGCACAACAUUCACAACCCCCACCAGGGGCACAACAUUCACAACCCCAACCAGGGGCACAACAUUCUCAACCCCCACCAGGGGCGCAACCCCCACAUUCUGAAAUUGCAUUUAUGUCCCCCCCCCCCACACACAGUUUUAUCAUUGUAAUGUGAUACAGAACGAGGCAACUGUGUGCUUUAGGACCAUGCAGACGCAUCCAAGCAGUCAGGCAGGCUGUUUGGAAUGUUUAUAUGACUGAAAAAAAUAUUUAAAAAAUUAUGCCUCCCCCCACUUCUAAAACCAAAGUUGCACCCUUGCUUUUCACUAUCAUAAAACAGUCAAUAAACAUUAUUGUGUGCUCCAUAAUUUUGUAUUUGCAUAAAGUAUUUAACCUAUGAAUAAAUUAGUUAUUUAUUACUAAGUUGUGAGAAAUUAAGAUUUGAAGGAAGGCUUCCUAUCUGCAAAGUUCAAAGGUACAUCUCAGAAUAUCUUAUACAGUGUGGGACCCUCCCCCAUUUCACACUUUAUGCAUGCAAUCCACCCCCAUUGUUAGGAACCUCUCCUCAUCUUUACUCUACCUGUAGCCAUGCCAACGGAAUCAGGGGUAGGAGUAAACUACUUGUAACUUACAACUUGCUGAUGUCGUUCAUCUACACAAUGGUAUUAUUUCUGUGGAAUAUUGUCUAAACCUGCCGUUUUGAUAAUAAACUGCGACUAAUAAACUCGAGCAUGUGUAACUGUUUUGCUUCCGUCCCUUUCCAACGUUAUUUUCAUGCCACUUCGAUACCGAAGCGACUUUUUUUGUAGCAGGUUAGGAGACUGAGGUUAAGAUUAGGAAAAGGGUUAGGGUUAGCGAAAAUGCUCUUCUAAACUGUUACGAAAAUUGCUUUUUCAUCAAAGUGACGUGAAAAGAGUGUGUACCCCACAGCACAGCUGAUAAAGGCGAGAAGAUGUAUCUUUAUUUACAAAGAGACAACAUCAACCUGCAACAAGCCAACAGGAAACUAGAGAGAAAAGUGAAGGAGAUGACGAUACAGGUGGACGAUGAGCACAUAUCUAUGCAGAACCAGAAUGACCAGUUGAACCAGAGGCUGAAGAGUGUGAAAAGACAGAUGGAUGGGGCUGAGGAGGAGAUAGAGCGACUGGAAAACUCUAAGAGGAAGUUACAGAGAGAUCUGGAUGAACAGAUAGAGACCAAUGACCAGGUCCUCAGCCAGCUCAACACCCUGCGCUCAGAGAUGAGGCAUAAGCAACAGAAAUCAGCACCGCUCCUGAUGAUCCUUAAGGGUGUGGAUGAUGUCAACACUGACUGACUGACUUCUGGUACUCCUUGGUGACAUGUUGUAAUGCACUGACUACAGCGUGGUGGGGAAAAAUACAAGCGGUCAAGUCCGAUAUUUCCUGAUAUUCCUCAGAAAGGGUUGGUAAAGCACUGUGAGGACUUGGGAAUGAAAAGUACGACAGAAGUUUCUCAUUAACGAUAUUUCACCUGUACCUGUAUUUCACCUGUACAACUCAACUGUGGGCUCACCUGGUGAUUUCAUAACAUUUUGCUCUAGACUGACCUCUAGUGGGUAUUCUAUAACUACAGAGUUCCAUGGAGUUCCAUAAGAAAGAUCACUAAUAAAAAAAGCUUUUUUUUUUUUUUUUUUUUGCUUUUCACCAGAGGCACAACAUUCACAACACCCAACAUUCACAACCCCCACCAGGGGCACAACAUUCACAACCCCCACCAGGGGCACAACAUUCACAACCCACACCAGGGGCACAACAUUCUCAACCCCCACAUUCUGAAAUUGCAUUUUUGUCCCCCCCCCACACAGUUGUAUAAUUGUAAUGGGAUACAAAACGAGGCAACUGUGUGCUUUAGGACCAUGCAGAUGCAUCCAAGCAGUCAGGCAGGCUGUUUGGAGUGUUUAUAUGACUGAAAAACAUAUUUAAAAAAUGAUGCCUCCCCCCACUUCUAAAACCAAAGUUGCACCCUUGCUUUUUACUAUCAUAAAACAGUCAAUAAACAUUAUUGUGUGCUCCAUAAUUUUGUAUUUGCAUAAAGCAUUUAACCUAUGAAUAAAUUAGUUAUUUAUUACUAAAUUGUGAGAAAUUAAGAUUUGAAGGAAGGCUUCCUAUCUGCAAAGUUCAAAGGUACAUCUCAGAAUAUCUUAUACAGUGUGGGACCCUCCCCCAUUUCACACUUUAUGCAUGCAAUCCACCCCCAUUGUUAGGAACCUCUCCUCAUCUUUACUCUACCUGUAGCCAUGCCAACGGAAUCAGGGGUAGGAGUAAACUACUUGUAACUCACAACUUGCUGAUGUCGUUCAUCUACACAAUGGUAUUAUUUCUGUGGAAUAUUGUCUGAACCUGCCGUUUUGAUAACAAACUGCGACUAAUAAACUCGAGCAUGUGUAACUGUU